CACUUUAAUAAGUGACCAAUGAGAGCGCUCUGCUACUAGAGAAGAGUCGAUAUUACUGCGUGAUCCUCGCUUUUCCGACAGAAGAAUCUCUAGACUUUCAACCGUGAGCGACGCUUCUAUAAGAAUCUGAACUGUGAUCAUAAUGGCUGUUAUAAACAAUGCGGCUACCGACAAGGUGGUACUUCAGAAGUACCUUGACCUUGACCUUGGUACUGAAGAAGUGAUGGCAGAGUACAUCUGGAUCGAUGGCACCGGUGAAGGAAUCCGGAGCAAGUGUAGAACCCUUGACAGAGAACCCAAGGUACCGACAGAUUGCCCAAUUUGGAACUAUGAUGGAUCAAGUACAUACCAGGCAGAGGGUUCCAACUCUGACAUGUACCUUCAUCCAGUCAGUAUAUUCAGGGACCCGUUUAGAGGAGGGAAACACAAGCUGGUUCUGUGUGAAGUCUACAAGUACAACAAGAAGCCAGCAGAGACCAACAGACGAGCAGCCUGCAAUGCUGUGAUGGAAAAGGCCAAGGCAUCCAUCCCUUGGUUUGGAAUUGAACAAGAGUACACUCUGUUGGAUUUAGAUGGUCAUCCCUUUGGUUGGCCCAAGAAUGGAUUCCCAGGACCCCAGGGACCAUACUACUGUGGAGUUGGAGCAAACAAGGUGUACGGUCGUGACAUCAUCGAGGCUCACUAUCGUGCUUGUCUGUAUUCUGGGAUCAAAAUCGCUGGUUGUAAUGCUGAGGUCAUGCCUGCUCAGUGGGAGUUUCAGGUUGGCCCCUGUGAAGGAAUUGAAAUGGGAGACCACUUGUGGAUGGGUCGUUACUUGUUGUAUCGUGUAGCUGAAGAUUUCGGUGUAGUUGUGACUCUUGAUCCCAAACCUAUCGAGGGCGAUUGGAAUGGAGCUGGUGCUCACUGCAACUACAGUACCCUGGCAAUGAGGGAAAAGGGAGGCAUCAAGGCUAUCGAGGAAAGUAUUGAACUGCUGUCCAAACAUCAUGUCCGCCACAUCAAGGCGUAUGACCCCAAGGAGGGCAAGGACAACGAGAGACGAUUGACUGGUCACCAUGAGACGUCCAGUAUCCAUGAUUUUUCAGCUGGAGUUGCUAACCGUGGGGCCAGUAUUCGUAUUCCACGACAGGUUGCCGAGGAUGGAUGUGGUUAUCUUGAAGACAGACGUCCAUCAUCAAAUUGUGAUCCAUAUGCAGUCACGGAGGUCAUUGUCAGGACAACAGUGUUACAGGAAUAGACAUUAAAUUGGUUAUGAAUGAAAUGAAAACAGUUAUGUAAGAGAAGAGAGAAAGUAUAUAAGACUAAAAUAAGAUACUUGCCCAAGGACUUUGGUUUUCAUAAAGUCAAGGUAUAAAGAAAAUCUGUUCUUGAAGGAUUAUUUAUUACAGUAUGACCUUGACCUAGUACCAUACUCGUCCUAAUUAAGAUGUGCAAUUUUUAUCCAUGUGAGACUGCUUGACCAGUAUGUGAAUGGAAUUUUUAACAUUCAGUAAUGUAUACAUUAAUUUUUUAUCAAGGAUAGCUUAUACAUUGUAUUUCGCUACAUGGUUUCUUUCAAACUGCAAGGGAAAUAUUCUUACUUAAUUGUAUUACUAAAUAUUCUUAACUAACUGUUUUACAAAUAUAGCUAUCACACUACAGAACUGUUCUUAUUGUAUAUAACUUCAAAAUCAAAAUUUGAAAUGCAUGUGUGGCAUCUACAUUCUACUUAAAUAUUGGAACAAGGUGCUAGUGAGGGACGGAAAUUUAAUUGAUAUAUUUCCUUAUUAAUGUGCUUGUGUGUGAAUGACGUGUGUAUAGUCGAGAGGAAUAAGGCUGCGACUGGGAUUUAAGUACCGAAAGAUUAAGUUUGUAAGAGGUUGUGAAACAAUUAACUAGAUAAACUAUAUUAUGCCACAUCCUGGUGUUCUGCCAUGUUGGGUAUUACACCAAAAUGUUCUACAUAAAGGUUGGAAGUUGAGGAAGUUGUGUCAAGGUGACAUUGAAUGUAAAUGUGGCCUAGUGGGGAGAAAACUAUUUAUUUAGUAGGUUGUAUCAUUAACACAACAGCAGCAUUUCAUCAGAUCGCUAAAGGUAAAAUAGUGGAACUGGUAACUACGACAAAACAUAUACAUUAUCAUUAACCAUUUUAAUCUAGCGAAAGGGCUGUGGAGAUACAUGUAUAUAUAGCUACCAUUAAUUGGACCAAUUAAUCCAACCACAGUACUGUGUGUAUAUACAGCGGCCAUUGACCUGCACCUUGAUGGAGCAGACACUUGUAAAUAGUUAUUUUAUUGUUAUUUUCCUUAGAAUCUCCUCUCUAUAUGUAAUGAAAACCAUACUGGAAAAUAAAAUGUUACUUUUAUAAAACU